UAUAGGGGGCGCGCGAAAAUUAAGGCCCGAACAUCAGCUGUUGUUGACGAUAAACCAACACAACUUUCCCUUGUGUUGUGUGUGCAGGGAGGGGAUCGAAGCGGUCUUUCUGAAUUUUUUUGGUUUCUGGAUGCCUGACCUUAACAUUCAGGACAUAUAACAAAUACAUCUUUGUCACUUAUUUACUACAACUGCUUCAUCUUUGGCCCUUGUUUUCUGGAAAUCGAUCUUGAUCUCAAUCUGGCAAAGCGUCUGCCGAAGCACUGUCCGACAUCUUCAACUCUUGGCAAAGCUUCUGACGAAUAUUUUGCCUGAGAGGAGCAGGAGGGAACUGCCUGAAGCUCAUUUCAAGAUCUUAUCAUGCCAGGAAAUCUUCAUGAAGGAAAGCAUGACAAGAUGCCUAAGAAGUUGAAACAAGCCCAACUUCCAUUCAAGAUACUAAGUCCAGUUACUCCUGCUGCAGCAAGUGGUACAAGUAAAGCACAACCGGUAAAGAAACGCCCCUAUAACAAGGAUGACCCAGGCAAUGUCAAGGCUGCUGUACCCAAGAAGCCCAAGACUGCUGAGCCGGAGUGUGUUGAGGUCACCUCCAGCUCUGACGAGCCGCGCGCCAGCUCGCCCCGGCGGCGGCCGCGCGCCCUGCUCGAUAAGUUUGUGCGCGUCGAAUCGCCAGUGCCAGAGGUGUCGACCUCCUGUGACGUGGUCGACCUCACGAGCGAGGACAAGGAGAACAGGGCCGAGCCGCUGCUGAAGGACGAGGUGGACGCGGCGAGUGACGGAGACGUGCUGGCGUCGGGGGAUGCUGUAAUGGAGAAGAAGAGUGAAUCGGAGCCUGUCAAAACAUUGGAUAAGGCCGACAUAUCGGAAAAGGCUACCGUGAACGGUGACACUGCGAUGGUAUCGGAAAAGGAAGAAGUCCAGCCUGCAGACAAUUUGGAGACGAAAUCUGAUGACAAGCAUGACGUGUCGCUAUCAAAUGCUGUUGCAACUCCAAAAGAAAAGAAGUCCCAAUCGGGUGACGAAUCUGACGUCUCUCAAACAAAACCCGAAGAGGCCACAAAGACAUCUGAAUCGGCGGCGACUGUUGAUAAGGACGGUGACGCGGCCAUGUCUGAACCCGCGGACCGGCCUGCUGCGGAUGAAAAGAUACCGCACGCGGACAGUGCCUCCGCACAUACGGCAGGAGCGGACACGGCGGAUGACUCUGACUCCGCCAAAGCCCCCGAGCCGCCGGCUGACUCCGCGGAUGACUCUGCGAAAGCCGCCGAGCGGCCAGUUGACUCCGCCGCUGACUCUGCGCCCGCCGAUAGCUCCGACUCGGAGAAGGACGAUGACGCCGAUGACGAGAGUGCUGAUGACGUCGAGGUGCUGGAUGACGCCAAGCCAAAGUCAGCCGAGGAGGGGGCAGCGAGCGGCGCAGACGCCCAGCCGUCCAGCGCUCCCACCACUCCUUCUACGAAGAGGAUCGUCGUCACCAAGAAGAAGACGCCCAAGCAGCUGGAGCGGGAGCGCAUCAGAGCCAAACGGGAGCAGGAGAAACUGGAGGAGAAACAACGCCGCAGAGAAGAGAAGCAAAGGAUAAGGAAAGAAAAGCAUGAACAAAAGGAAAAGGAGCGCAAAGAGAAGGAGGAGAAACGAGAGAAGGAACGUAAGGAAAAAGAAGAGAAGAAAGAAAAAGAACGUCAAGAGAAAGAAAAAGAGAAGCUGGAGAAGCAAAGACAAAAGGAAGCGGAGAAACAGAAACUGAUCGACGAGAAAAGACAGGCCAAAGAAGAGGAGAAGAAUCGAAAGGAAGAGGAGAAGCGCAAGGCCGAGGAAGAAGAGCAAAGAAAACUCCAAAAGGCUAAGUCGAUGUUCUCCAGCUUCUUCGUGAAGAAGCCGCCAAAAGAAGCUGAAGCAGAGCAGGAAGAACAGAAGGAAGACGAUAACAAACUCUUCCAGGAGUUCAGGGUGAAGGAAGACAUGGUGCUGGCGCCGGGCGCGCGGACCGCCCUCUCGGCCGGCCAGAGUAGCCAGCUCGAGCAGGCGCUGGCGGCGCCGGAGCGACCGCCGCGCGACCGCCUGUACCUGUCUGAGCUGCGCUCCGGUUGCCGACAGCCGCAGAGUCGCAGCCGCACCCUGCCGCCGCUGCAGAAGGACCUCGAGAUCAUCGAGGAGGAUGAGGACGAGGAGCGCGAGCUGGACGGACUGGGUCAGAACAUUGACCUCUCGACGGCGGCAGCCACGGCCCGUAAACUGCGCUACAAGCUGCUCAUGUUCCACGAGAACCGCCGGCCCGCCUACUGGGGCACCUGGAGCAAGCGGUGUCCGGUGGUCAGCGGGCGACGGCCGCUCGGCAAGGCGGAGAUUCUCAACUACGAGGAGGACUCUGACGAUGACUGGGAAGAGGAGGAUCCCAACGGAGAGAGUCUCAGCGGGUCAGAGAAGGAGGUGGAGUCUGAGGAUGAUUACGAAGUGGACAACGAGUACUUUGUGCCUCACGGCUACCUCAGUGAUGAAGAGAUGAAGGAUGAAGAGGAGAUGAUUUCGCCGGAGGCUCAGAAGGCGCGCCUGAAGGAGAAGGGCGAGGAGUUUGAGAAGGAAAUGAAGAAGAAGACGACGGCGCUGAAGCCGCGUCUCAUCGGUUGCGUCUGGAGGGACGACACAAACACCGAUCCCAUGUUCCAGCAGCUGCUGAAGCUGCUGCGGCCGUUCGCCGUUCGCGCUCUCUCCACCCUGCCCGUACCGACUGUGGCCAGUGGAGAGGUGGCCAGCACACCCCUGGCCGGCCCCUCGCCCUCCGAAACGCCGGCCUCCUCGGCGCAGACCGGCCUAAAGUUCCUCAAGAAGUUCCCCAGCGAAGCGCUGCUGCCUCUGGCGCGUCUCGUUCACGGAAGCACACGCGGAAAGCCGUUCCUGGUGCGCGAGUUCGCCGCCUUCUGGAAACGGCGCGUGCACGGCGGCUCACCGCGGAAGGCUGAUCCGGCAGCGGCGGCGGCGGCGGCCGGCCAGACCCCACCGUCUACCGCCGAGGGCACUCCCACCGGCGGCCCGCUGCUCUCCAAGAAGAAGAUCGAGGAUAAGUUGGUGGCCAUCGCCUCUUACACCCGGUGCACAGCGGAGGGCCCGCUGCAGGGUCGCUGCUGCUGGAUGGUCAAUGAUGACGUUCUGGCCUCCCUGGGGGUGGAGCUCCCCCUACCCAGCCAGUGGAAGUGGAUCACCAAGACGGCGGCGCGUCAGUCCAAGGGCGCGACUCCAGGUGUGUCCCCCACGGCGGCGGGGGCGGAGGUGGCGACGGUACCCACGCCGGAGCGGGCCCGUGCGGCCACCUCACUCAUCACCAAGUUCGCCAAAGUGGUGACGGCGGAGCAGGCGCGCAGCGAGCUCCUCAGCCCGCCGCCGGCCAAGCGGAAGAUCGUGCCGACCAAGCUGAUCUCGCCGCAGGGGCCGGCGGCGGGCCAGCCGGCCCAGCCGGGGAUCGCCACCUUCUUCAAGGCGAGUCCGUCCACCAGCGGUGGCUCUGCAGGGCCGUCCACCAGCGCCGCGGCGGGCGGCACACCGAAGCGGCGCGUGCCGUUGACGACGGUGGGACCACGGCCGGGCCCGUCGGGCGUCUCGCCGGCCGCCCCCGCCCCCGCUCCGGGUCGGCGGCUGACCAUCACUCCGGUGUCGGCGGCCCAGCCGACGGCAGCGCGACGGCUGACUCCCACGGCCGUGACGGCCGGCCAGCCGACGGCGCGCCGGCUGAUACCGACGCCGGUGACGGCCGGCUCCGCCUCGACUUCCGCUGUAACCCCCGCUCCUUCCUCCGCGCAGACCUCUGGACCGACCUCCGCCCCCGGACCGGCUCAGACCAGGGCGCCCGAGUCGGCCCCUCGCAAGAUAACUCUGAUCUCUCUGCCUCGUGGCUUGCCGCUGGCGAGAGCCGCCGCUGCGCCCGUCCCUGCCGCUGCGGCUACGGACGCUCCAGCUGCUGCCGCCGCUCCAACGAAAGCUGUCCCCGCUCCGACGAAAGCCGCCUCAUCCUCUGGAGACGUAGAAAUGAUUACACUGGACUGAGCGUUACGCUAUGAGUGGACAAGGUGAGGUAUUUGUUGCCAUGGAGCGGUGAAAAAGACUUGUGCUUCGUCCGACUAGGCCGAUAAAAGUCGCGGACAGCGCACUGCGCGAGGGGACGCUAGUGAGAAUCGGAUGGACGUUAGAUGACCAAGUGUGAACGCUAGGGGUACCUUGUCUUGUGUGGAUGAACUAGGACUAGUAGCCGAGUUAUACUGAACUUUUGAGCGCAAGUGCAAACUGAAUGAUCGAGCCUGGAGGAAAGAAUGCUGUUCCCGUAAGAUUGUGGGCCUCGUGGUUUUCGUGAAUGAACUUAAAGGCUCGCAUUGCAUGUGAGACUUCCUUUAUGCUAACGUUCGAUCUGGUUAAAUGUCCUGAAUAUGUCGUUUUGUCCCUACCAGUAGCUUUGUAGAGAUUGCUGGUUCUUUUAAUCGAGAAUGUGAGUCGGAAUUUUUCCGCCUCGGUGUGUGCGGUCGUAGUCGGUCUUUUAGUCAAGCCACUCGAGUAUCUCGGUGUUCUUGUAGGAACUUAUUCUUCGAGAGUUUAUUGCCGUUUUCAAUACAUUCUGAUCCAUCA